AUGUGGGUUCCGUCCUUCGAAGACGAGUCUCCCCCUUAUAGUGGCGUUCGAAUCGAUCGCACCGACUGGGCCGUUAUGUGUGACAGCGAGCAAGAAGACUAUGAGUGCAAGAACGCCAUCGACGGCAAAAAUACCACAGCCUGGUAUAGCCAGAGCACCCGCUCCCAGGAAUAUACUAUCACGGUCGAUCUGGGUCGACCGGACUAUCAUGUCAGCUCUGUCGUGAUCCUCCCGCCAAUCGACGAGGGGGUUCAAGGCGUGAUCACACAGCACAAGAUCUAUCUAAGCAGCGAUGCUGCUAAUUGGAAGGGUCCUGUCGCAUAUGGCAUGUGGCCUGAGGCAAAUAGACAGCGUAUGUCCGCGUUUGAGCCCACGCCUGCACGGUACGUGAAGCUCAUUGCUAGCACCAAGGAUACUGAACAGAGCUGGGUUGGUAUCUCGGAGCUUAACGUGUAUGCGACACCUUAUACCAUUGCCCAGGACCCUCGCCGAGGCACCUGGGGGCCGACCGUUGACUUCCCCGUUGUUCCGGUCGCCGGAGCCCAGGAGGCAUCAGGUAGUAUUGUUCUUUGGUCAUCGUGGGCCUCUGACCAGUUCCACUCAACACCGGGAGGACAGACUGCCAUGUCCCGCUGGGAUCCCUUGACCAAUACUGUGUCAAAGCGUGUGGUCACCAACACCCAACAUGACAUGUUCUGCCCUGGUAUCUCCAUCGAUGGCACUGGUAUGAUGGUAGUCACUGGGGGCAACGAUGCAUCUGAGACCAGUCUCUAUGACGCCAAGACCGACACGUGGGUGAAGGGACCAGAGAUGCACCUUCGCCGUGGCUAUCAGGCAUCGACAACCCUGUCGGAUGGACGUGUGUUCGUGAUUGGUGGAUCCUGGGCAGGUGGCUCUAUUGAGGAUAAGAACGGCGAGAUCUACGACCCGGUAAAGAACGACUGGACCAUGCUGCCCGGUGCUGAUGUGGUGCCGAUGUUGACAAAAGACAUGGAGGGUCGUUGGAGAGCCGACAAUCACGGUUGGCUCUUUGGCUGGAAGAAUGAGAGUGUUUUCCAAGCUGGUCCAAGCAAGAAUAUGAACUGGUAUUUUGUGGAGGGCGAUGGAAGCUAUAUCAAAGCAGGAAAGCGCAUGCACGAUGAUGACUCCAUGUCCGGCAAUGCAGUCAUGUAUGAUGCCGUGAACGGCAAGAUCCUCACCCUCGGAGGCUCUCCAGACUACGACAAGUCGUAUGCCACGAACAAUGCACACAUCAUUACUCUAGGAGAACCAGGUGACGAGCCGAAAGUCGAGCUUGCCGCAAAGACUGGUACAAUGCACUCCGAGCGCGUCUUCCACACUUCGGUCGUUCUACCUGACGGAACUGUCUUCAUCACAGGUGGACAGGAUUUCGGUAUCGCCUUCAACGAAGAGAACGUGAAGUUCACUCCCGAGUUGUAUGACCCCGAGACCGACCGGUUCAUUGAGCUGCAGACCAACAACAUCAUUCGGGUGUACCACACCCUUUCCAUUUUACUACCUGAUGCCCGGGUUCUCAACGGUGGUGGGGGGCUCUGCGGAAACUGCUCUGCCAACCACUAUGACGCCCAGAUCUUCACGCCGCCCUAUCUCCUGACUGACUCUGGCGAGCCCCGUCCCCGCCCAGAAAUUAUCUCUGAUCUACCCACGGACGUCCAGGUCGGCGAAACUAUCACCUUCCAGACCAAGGGUGACAUCAAAUCUGCUUCUCUGGUUCGUCUGUGCAGCGCCACCCACACCGUCAACACCGACCAGCGCCGUAUCCCCUUGGACGUUGCUCGUAGCUCUGGCGCCUUUAACUUUGAGUACAAGGUUAGCGUCCCCGGUAACCCUGGUAUUGCCAUUCCUGGAUACUGGAUGUUGUUCGUCAUGGACAAGGAAGGUGUGCCUAGCAUUGCUAAGAUAAUCAUGGUCACUGUGGGCAAGACCAAGACCCUGGACGCCCCGAAGUCAUCCUACAUUGAGUCCGUUGAGGAGGACUCGCGAAACAACUGGGAGCCACCAACUCCUACUAUUGGAUAG